CGAUCCAGGAGGAGCGGGGCAGGCGAGUGUGUAGGAACCACCUAGGCAAAGGCCGAGAGGUGGACGCCCUUGUGACGCAGUUCUCUAGCCUCCAGGGAUGGGCUCGAAGGCCAAGAAGCGCGUGGUGCUGCCCACUCGUCCGGCGCCCCCCACGAUGAAGCAUAUCCUGGAGGACGUGCGGGGGGCGCCCGCUGAGGACCCAGUGUUCACCGCCCUGGCCCUGGAAGACUCCCCAGGCCCCUCCUGGAGGGCUGAGAACCCUGAGGCCCAAUGGGAGCAGCUGUACCAGCAGAGCCGGGCCUAUGUGGCCACCAACCAGCAGCUGAGGCGAGCGGGCAAUGAGCUAAGACAAAAGUGUGAGGACCUUUGGCAAGCUGGCCAGGAGCUGGAACAGGACGUCAUCCAGGUGAAGCAGGUGGCGCUGUCAGGGGCCUCAACCGCCUUCUCAGCCUGACUUGACCCUUGGGCUCGCUUAAGCAUGCAGUCCCCGGACAGUGCACCCCAUGGGCUCCUGGAACUUUUGGUCCUGGCCUGGCACACCUUAGGCAUGGGCCCUUGGGUCCCAGAAGCAGAUUCUGGGCUUUGUGUUUCAUGGCUAAGCCCCGCCUUGGUACCUGUAGACAUCAGGGGACAGAGCCUGCCCUGUGUAUGGUUGCAGCAGGGACAGUGCAGAGUGAGGGGGCACACCUGCCUCAGCCAGGCACAGACCCCUUACUGAGGGUCAGGACAGGUUUUGUGCAUGCCUUUCACCCCCAGGCUUCUCUUCUGGGGCCUGAUUGCCGUCAGUUUGGACUUGGUGUGGGGUCUCAGAACCCAUCCUCCCCUCCCUUCCUUUGGUGACCCUGUUUCACUGAUCACCCAUUAAUCUGAGCCCAUCUCUGUGUGAACUGUGGGGGCCCCAGAGGUUCCAGAAGAGGAUGGGGGUUCUGUCUUCUCCACCCUGAUGGCUGUGGCCAUGUGAGGAGUGAUUGCCCAGCAGAGCCCAGAUCUCAAAUGGGGCCUCCAGUGGCCCUGAGCACCUUGAUCUAAGGCGUGGGCUCUCCUUCAGGGCCUUGUCCGUCUGCUUUACUAUCAGGGUGCAGGACUGACCUAUUGGCUGUGAGAUCCAUCAGAUGGGAGUGCUGGCUCGGGAUCCCAAGAUAGGACAAGCUGAUCAGUUACUUGCUUGGAGCCCUUAUCCAGCCACCUCUGUCCUGGCAGGCCAGGCCGUCAUGGGUGUCCCCACCAAGUCCCUCAGAUGAAAUCCCCACUGCCACCAGCCAUCUGGAUGGUGCCUCUGUGAGCUGCUCUUUUCCAGGUUUCCCUAGGAGCUUUGGGAAGCACCUGGACACACAAAGCAAGUCCUUGACACCGGUGACCCAGCAUCCCAGAAGGUGUUUCUCUUUCCUCUGAAGAAGGGGUGCCUGCUUAAACCUGAGAGGCCCCUGAAACCUAUGGGGUCACAGGCAUUUAGAAAAUGCCCGCUUGGUUCCAGUUAGGGCAGUGGACACUGAGGCUACACUGUCCAGAGCCCCCUGGCCUACCUGCUAAUGUCUCAAAGGUGCCCUGCUGCCCUGGACUGGGAGGUCACCCCUCCCUGCACAUCCCUGGCCUCCAGGUGGGGCCACCUGAGUCUAGGGGUUCCAGAGCCCCUCCACCCCAAGAUCAGUGUAAAACACUCCAGCUACAUCCCCCUGCACAUCCGCCUGUCCUGAGUGCUCUCUGUGUACAAAUCCCACAGCCCGAUCUGCCUCUAGCACAUGGGCCCACGGCAGGCAGUCUGGAUGGAAAACCCACAAAGUACUCCAGCCCCAUCCUGUACUCUCCCAUUUGGAAACAGCCGUGUAGAACAAGAUUCAACAGCUCCAUUUAUUAAAGGUGCACAUAAGA